AUGGAAAACGAAGUCCCAAGACUUGGACUUGUAUUUUUUCGCCGACUUUGGAAAAUAUUAGGCAUAAUUUUCCAGCGUUGGAAUUCCCGUGCAACUGUGAUAUUCGUCAUCUUUACUGUGCUAUCUCUGCUUUUGCAAUUCGUGAUCUAUGCUGCUGGUCUUGUUCCUUCCAAAUAUUUUACAGUUCUUGGAGCAAAAGAUGCUGAAACUUUUCCACAGCUUGCUGUUUAUUCUAUUCUAAUAAUUGUUCUCAAUGCUUUGAUGAAAAGCUGUCUUACAUACAUCUCAAAAAUCCUAUAUUUAACCUGGAGACAGACACUGUGUGGAAAACUUCAUCUUGAUUAUUUUAAAAACAUGAAUUACUACAAGUUGAAUGUACUGGAUAAUAAACUUGAUAAUGUUGAUCAGAGGUUGACCAGAGAUGUUGAGCAGUUUUCCCGUGAAUGGAGUUUAAUGUGUGGAAAACUAGUUGUUGUUCCAUUCACUCUUGUGUAUUACUCAUACCAGUGUUUUGUGAGCACCACAUGGAUUGGGCCGGUCACCAUAUAUAUCUAUUUUCUUGUUGGAACGUUUAUCAAUCGGAUCAUCAUGGCUCCUAUAGUCAGGCUCCAAGUGGAACAAGAAGUAAAGGAGGGAGAUUUCAGGUUCCAGCACCUCCAAGUGCGUGUGAAUGCAGAAUCAAUGGCAUUUCACAGAGCUGGCAAAACUGAGCAGACAAAGAGCAACGAAAAACUUCGUACGCUCAUUAAGACACAAAUGUCUUUAUUUAACUGGUCUUUCUGGCUUAACUCUGCUGUAAACAUAUUUGAUUAUGUUGGUGGGAUCCUUAGUUAUCUUGUUAUUGCUAUACCAAUAUUUGCCGGAAAUUAUGACGACUUGGCUCCGGAAGAAAUAAGUGCUCUUAUAAGCAAAAACUCCUUUGUUUGCAUCUACCUUAUCUACAGCUUCUCUCAAUUAAUUGACAUGUCAAGUACUGUGGGCGACAUGGCUGCUCAUACACACAGACUUGGUCAGUUGAUUGAAUCCUUGGAUGUGGAAAACAAGGAUCAACCUCCAGAAGAAGAAGAUUCUUCAUUCACAUACGAGAAUGAAUCUUACUCGGACGAAGAGAAUAUUUUAAAAGAUCAAUCAACUGGAGAAGAAGAAUUCAGAGUUGUUGAGGCAAUGAUAGUAGGAGAUAAAACCGGUGAUAAAAGUUUUGCGUCGAAGCAACCAGAGAGAGAUGGCGUGUUCUUUAAACUGCAAAGUGUUUCGGUCACGCCUCCAGACAAAACUGCAACUCUAUUGCAAAGUCUAAGCAUCUCUUUAUCUGACGGGAAAAAUGUUUUAAUAACUGGUCCAACCGGUGCUGGAAAAACCUCGCUUUUACGAGUUUUAGCAGGAUUAUGGCCAGUUGAGACUGGUUCUAUUAACAGGUUCUUGGAAUUUGGCAAAGAAGGUGUUAUGUUUUUGCCUCAAAAACCUUACCUUACGGAUGGGACCUUGCAAGACCAGGUAAUGUACCCUAUCUACAGUCUUCCAAAUGGUAUUAAUGAGGAGGAAAAUAGAAACCAUAUUUAUUCCAUCAUUGAAGAAGUUGGCUUGUCUGAUUUGUUAAAAGGCAACAGUGGAUCUGUGGACAGAAAAGAAUUGAACUGGAGUGACAAGCUAUCCCCAGGUGAAGCGCAGUGCUUGGCAUUUGCAAGAUUGUUUUACCACAACCCAAAGUUUGCAGUAAUGGAUGAACCAGCAAGUGGUUUGGAUCCAAACAUGGCAGACAAUCUAUAUCUGUCGUGUAUGAAGCGGAAAAUCACUUACUUGACUGUUGGACAUGGUUCAACUUUACAGAAGCACCAUGAUGAAGAACUGCGCAUUUAUGGAAAUGGGGAUUGGUCAAUAAUCACUUUACUUUAG